AUGGAUACCUGGAACGCUAAGCCUGUUCCUAGGCCAGGAAUCCAGUACAUACCUAGCGUAUCCGGAAUAGGGAAUUCUAUUCAAUUCAAUAAUGCCUGUACAGAGUACUCCCACAGUACAGAAUCAGCUUGGAGAGGGAUAAUUAACAGGACUGAUUCAGUGAUCCAUGGUCCAACUCCAAGAAGGAUGUUUCCGUCCGUACGGUCCGUCCGUAGUUUUCCGAAGUUUAGGUCCGCCUCUAUUCAUACUCUGUCCGGGGCAAUGGAUGAUCUGGAUCAAUCAAUCAUUUCCUCAGAAAAGGUAUCUAUCUACCCGUAG